GCCAGUAAGAGUAGAGCUGAGCUUUGCUCUUUGCACUCAUGAACAGUAACAAUGUUAUCCAUUUCUGAGUCACAAAAGAAGAAAAUGUUGUCCGUUUUGGAAACCGCAGCCAAAGAAAACAACGUAGAUAUUCUGUACGAAACAAUCCGAGACAACCCAAAUAUCCUCAAAGAAAUCGAGGACACCCCAUUUGCACACACGCCGCUGCACGUCGCCGCGUCACAUGGCAACACCAUUUUCGCGGCGGAAAUGAUGAGCUUAACGCCGUCGUUUUCCAGGAAGCUGAACUGCGAGGGCCUAAGCCCAUUGCACCUGGCUCUGCAAAACGGACAUCUGGAAACCGCAAGGGAGAUGAUAGGGUUGGAGAGUGGGCUGAUUCGAGUGGCGGGGAGGGGAAAGAUGACGGCGAUGCAUUUCCUGGUCUCCGUUAUGGGUAACGGCGAGAAUGAUGAUGUGAAGAAGAAAGUGGAUCUGUUGAUUGAUUUUGUUUGGGCGUGCCCUGAAGCCGUUAGUGACGUGACGGUUGAAGGCAGAACCCCCCUGCAUAUUGCGGUGGCUUCAAAGAGUGUUGAUGCUUUUAAAAUGCUGUUUGGGUGGGUGUGCAGGACUGGACAGAAUUCUGUGUUGGAUAAGCAUGAUAUUGAUGGCAACAAUUUGAUGCAUUUGGCUGCGCUCACUCAUCAAACUGAGAUUAUGAGAAGACUAAAGGGGUUUGUGUCUGUAACCAAAGAAAACAAACAAGGACUUACCCCCGCCGACAUAACUACGGAGAGAUUACAAGGCCGCAUCAAGAUUGUGAACAUCAAACAAGAAAAAGAAGACAUAUCAAAGGAACAUCGCCGCACAUUCUUCAUGUCCCAAGAGACAUUUGUGCAAAGAUUCAUCCGUAUUAUUGCGUGCGCGCACAGAGGCAUGUCCAUGGACAAGCGCAACAUGAUGUUAGUCGUGGCCACGCUGGUCGCCACGGCCACCUACCAAGUCGUCCUCCAACCCCCUACUGGCAUCGCCGCAACUCUCGAUCAUACAACAACAACAAGAAGGUACGAUUUCAUCUUCGGAUCGUCCACGGCAAACCGCGCCAAUCUGUUCAAUGUGUUUGUGCCUCUCAACACAUUGGCGUUGAACCUCUCUUUAGCAUUCAUACUAUUCGUACUACCCCUUGAUCUAGGGAGUGGUAUGUUACAGCUAACGUUGCUAGUCAUGUCGGGUAGCUACAUCACAGUGAUGCGAUACAUAUUAGAAAAGCAUAAACUACCUUUUCUGUUCUCGGAUGUUAUUUACGCCAUGUUUGGUGUGGCUAUAAUUGUACAGCUUGGAGUUAGGACACUCAGAGCUUGGCCGGGGAAGCCUUCUAAUUUCCACCUGCAGAUAGAGACCGUGCUCCGCUCACCUGCCCUAACCACUAAGGACAAUAAUUAAAGAUAUAUAAACCCAAAUGCUAGUGAAGAUCAUAGGUAGAGCCGUCAAAA